UCGAUGACUGAAAACACAUCUGAACCAUCUGCUGAAGUUGACAAAGAUGACGAGGAGAGUGUGAACAACAUCAGAUUUAGUCCGCCGGUGUUCAGACAGAGGUACAGUGCUGCCCUGGACGUGGCGAAGAAGUCCAAGGUGAAAAGUGUGGCUGAUUUUGGCUGUGCAGAAUGCAAGAUGUUGAUCAUGUAUAAGAACAUUUUGAACCUGGAAAGACUAGUUGGAGUCGAUAUUGACCAGGAACUAUUGAGACUUCAUGGAUACCGAGCCAAACCCUUGAUGCACGAGUUCAUUGUGAAACCUCGAAAUAUACAGUUGCAUGCGCAAGUUUUCUGUGGCUCGAUAGCUAACCUAGACGAUCGGUUGCGAGACGUGGACAUGGUGUCUGCAAUAGAACUUAUUGAGCAUCUGUAUCCGGACGUGCUCGAAAAAGUUCCAAAAACUAUCUUCGGCUUUAUCAGACCAAAAGUAGCUCUUAUCACCACUCCGAAUGGUGAGUUCAACAAGUACUUUGGCUUCUCGCCAGGUCAGUUCAGACACUGGGACCACAAGUUCGAGUGGAGCAGAGAACAGUUCAAACAGUGGUGUGACAACUGCUGCAAUAAGUAUGGCUAUGACGUCGAGAUAUCACAGAUAGGUUUCCUGGGGUUUCAGUCGAAAGAAGACCGCGAACAGGUGACGGGAGGAUGUUCUCAAAUGGCACUUUUCACCCUAAAACAUCAACAAUUGGAAGAAGAGGAGAGAAUCAAGUCUGAUGGCCAAUUAUAUGAAACCAUUGUUGACGUUUUGUACCCGUUUGAUGAGCGCAGCCAAACUCAAAGGAUCAUCCAUGAAAUGAGUUACGUCAUCUCCAGACUCACGCGCGAGAGUGAAUUAUUAGCCGAGUUAGUCUAUGAGCCUCAGAAGGCAGUGAUGCCAUUGGAGAAGUUUCUAGAAUUUCCCAUUUUGAAGCAGCAAAUUGAAGGAGACGUUCAGAUGUUGGAAGAUGUUUUCAAGCUUAGAGCCACAGCGGAGUUCGCAGGAAUAGAGCUAGUUUGCGAUGAAAGUGGUUGCAAGUCGUUCGUAAAAUGGAUCCACCCGUACGAUAAUUCACCAUCUGAAACUGAGGAAGACUUCAACCAGUGGAGUAGUGAACAAGUUGCCGAGAAUACUGACACUAAUCAGUGCUCAACUGUAGAUGUUUGGUCCAAUAAUGCCAGGCAAGUCGAUGAAGCCGAUGUGAAAAUCGAAAUGGGAAGCUGAAUUUUGGGUCAAGGUAUUAAACAAGCUCUAAUUCUCGCGCAAAUGGUGAACAAAAGUCCUCUACAUGUUUACCCCAAUUAACUGUGCCUAUACACUGUGCCUAUGCCUGGGCUCUAACGAGACUAAAUAACUAGAAAGUCUUAAAUAGUUUUGAUUGUUUUUUACAAAGUUUAUACAGAUUUUAGAUUUGA